AAGUGAAACUUUGUAUUUUACGACUACUGCAUGUCAGAUUUUCAACAUGGCGGUCAAAAUUUCCAAAAUGUGCUGGAAUGUGCUGUCUACUCAUCCACGUGCAGUACUGAGACAAGUCCCGAAAUGUUCGUCAAUGGCUGCAGUUAGUUUACAACCACAGUGUUCCGCUCCAAGUUUGACUUCCAUUCUGGCCUCCAGGGACAUCCACACAUGUACGACACUUCACAAACAAAACAUGUUUGAUCCAAAGUUUAAAUACUUGAAAUACAACAAAAUUGUAUACCCACCACAAGAGGAAGGCGAACCAAGAAGACCAGCUGAGGUGACCUAUGUUCGUUCUAAUAUAAAGUACAGCCCAGAUAAACUAUGGUACAUGGCCAUAAUGAUCAGGGGAAUGUCUAUAGAUGAGGCUUUAAAGCAACUAUCUUUCCACAAAAAGAAAGGAGCAAUGUUCAUUCGAGAGGCUCUGCUAGAAGCCCAAGAAGAAGCAGUCAGUAAACACAAUGUGGAAUACAAGUCCAAUCUAUGGAUAGAGGAUUCCAAUGUUGGCAAAGCGUUCCAUAUCAAAGGCAUACGACGUCAUGCUAGGAUGCGUUACGGUUUCAUACAGUUCAAAUAUUGCCACUAUUUUGUUAGAUUACGAGAGGGGAAACCUCCAAAACAUUACCUUGCUCCACCGGAAACUGGACAUCAAAAAAUGAAAAAUACUUUACAAGAACAUAGGAAUAAACGAGUGUUUGGUGGACUAUAAACAUAGGAAUAAAAACGUAUGGUGGAUCGGGAAUGGAGAAAUAAAUGUGUGUCGUGUGGAUUACGAAAUAUCAAUAUUUUGCUGGAUUUUGAACAUAGGAAAAAACUUUUUGUAUGAAAACCUAUAACUCACUCUGUUUACCAUGCUAGGUUUUUAUUAUAUUUAAUACAAAGUACAUAUGUAUGUGUUAUACACAAUCCUCAUGUUUCCAUGGUGAUCUUGUAUAUUUAGUGAUAUCAUUUAAAG